UUUCUUUCUAACCAUCAAUCAACCACACAAAAACAAAAUGCUGAAAAUCGCCGCAAGCGCAAAACGACUUGUGGGAACGGCGUCGUUUAAGUCGCCACCGUUGGGUGUUAGGGUUCUGCCGCGGCUCUACCACGAGAGGGUGGUUGACCACUACAACAACCCCCGCAACGUUGGAUCCUUCGACAAGAACGACGAGGACAUUGGAACGGGUCUUGUCGGGGCACCCGCAUGUGGCGACGUUAUGAAACUCCAAAUUAAGGUCGAUGAGAGCACUGGAAAAAUCGUCGAUGCUCGCUUUAAAACCUUCGGUUGUGGAUCAGCCAUCGCUUCUUCCUCCGUUGCUACUGAAUGGGUUAAGGGGAAGCGAAUGGAGGAAGUUUUAUCCAUUAAAAACACCGAAAUUGCAAAGCAUCUUUCACUUCCUCCAGUCAAGCUUCACUGCAGCAUGCUUGCUGAGGAUGCUAUAAAAGCAGCUGUUAAAGAUUAUGAAGCUAAGCGUGCCACUGCAACUGCUGGUGAUCAGGCAACAACAGCUUGAUUUCCAUUUCUAGAAUGAUGAUGAAAACGACCGUCAGUGUGGAAUUUUUUACGGCGUUAACGAGCUAAUGUACAUUGUUGGAACAUCUUGAGGUCAGACUUCUCUUGGUUGGAGCUAGUCAACCUUAUUAAAUUAUCAUAAUGUAAAGUAAAUACCUGUGUUGCUGGCUGCAGUUUGUUAUUAUCUGCAUGAUUUAUAGGAUCAAAUCAUGUUUUUAUUAAACGAUGUAAACAAUGCAAUAAAGAUACGAUAUUUACGGUUGGAAAACCACGGCUUCAUCCAGCCUUACUGCAGAUAUUUACACAAUUUUGUUUUGGAUCUUGUGUUUGUAUGUCAUUCAACCUUGUACGCUUCUCUGACUGUGAAAAUACGGAUGCCACUGCAAAAUGGGAAAUGCAUCCUUGACUUGAACAAUUUAGACAUUUGAUGGUGUUUGAGCGUUGGGAGCUUAUAAACAGGAAUAAGAACAUAAUCGUAUCAAGAACCUUGAUGAAAUUGUUUAGGGCUUAACACUACAACAAAUGAUCAAUGCGACAUCAGGAUUGAAAAAAUAUCAAUGUUUAAGAGUCCUUUAUUCAACUAGCAGUAAUUGGUUAAAACUUGUAAAUUGUGGUAUAAGCAUACCAUGAUUAGCAGUAAUAGACCCUUGAUCCUAUGGUUCUUGGUUGUUUGCAAAACCUUGUAAAUUGGUUAUAUUAGCUGAAGUCUUGUAAUCUUUUUCUGUGGUAGGUCUUUUCAUUAUCGACAACUUUUGUUGCUCCUGAGAUUAUGUAUCAUCUGAACAGAAAGUAGGAAUGAAGGUUUUUUAAAAAAAAUAAAAAAUAGCUUUAAAAGUUGAUACGGAUGAAGAUUGUGGUUGCAAUAACAGGAUUUUCGUUAAAG